AUGUUGUUACAAUUAGAUAUAUCAGGAGUCAGUAGUAGCAAUGGCAAUGAAGAACUUCCUGAGGAUCGACAGUUCACCAUUGAAUGCGACCAUCAACGAUAUAGCAUCCGCACCAAAUCAGACGUUGCAGAAUUCAGCAGUAACUGCCCAAACCCCAAGUCGUUGUAUCUUGUUCAUCCCAACGAUUUUCCGUCUCUGGGCAUGACACCAAAGCAAUUCUACAGCUUUCUCGAUGCCCCUAUACUGCAUGCAUGCAUACAUGUUCAGUUCUCAACUAUAAAAUCGUUGAAUUUCAAAAAACUUCAAAAUCACACCGGCUCUUGUCCUGGUCCUCCUAUGAAAAUUACUCAGAAUAAGGAUUUGAGAACAAUCUCAUUUCAUGAAAAUUUCAUGCGUAAUGCUCGCGCAUCAAGUGUUGUUAUACGUGGAAAUAGAAAUCUAAAAGCUGAUGUGAUAACAACUAUGAAAAAGAACUUUCCUUGGUAUGCCAUCGAUUUACAAGACCCUGGAGAGUGCGGUGUUCCUUAUCCGUUCAAAUCUUUUUAUGACAUGAAAGGUUGCGAAUCUGCUUAUGGUGUUUUGUACGUUAGCGGCUCUUCUGUACGAAGAGCGUCAAACGUCAAGCUUUCCUUGAAAGGAUGCAUUUCGAUUGAAAAGUCAGAUCUUGUUGACGUGGACUUCCUGGAUGAUAUAACAAACUUUACUCUCGCAGAAGAUGAAUGCGGUCACGCAAUCUCCAAGAAUAGCAAACUUUGCAUUAAAGACCCACAGAGAUUGAAGAUGAAGUUUGAAAGCUUACAAAUUGACCAGACAGCUAACCCUGAUUGUGAGACAACUUGUUCUGGUGGCGUUGUUAAUGAUCAGUAUCUAGCUACGUUAGAAGGUUGCCAAGUAAUAAACGGAAGCCUUGUAAUACAAGACUGGAAUAGGCCGCCCGCAAACCUCAUCAAUCUCAAAAACGUGCAGCGAAUUUAUGGAUCACUGCGAGUAGCAAAUACAAGUGGUCUGAAAAACUUUGAUUACUUUCAUGAUUUGCGAGAAAUUAUUGUCCCUAGCGGAAACAAUGGGUCAGCAAUUGAAAUAGUAUCCAAUCCAGGGCUUUCCAAGCUAACUUUACCCCGUUUGAGAGCGCUUAAAAGUGAAAGUGAUUUGAAAAUAAUAAUUUCGGAUAAUCCCGACCUGACAAUGAAACAAGCUUCGGUAAACAAGCUUUAUCAGUUAGCUCAGGGAAAGAAACAUACUCGAAUCCAGUAUAAAGAUAGUACAACAUUCUUCGACGCGCUAACGUCGCGCAAAUGGUAUCUGCUUAUUUCUAUUAUGGUUGUACUUAUACUGAUCUUGGUCAUCAUUAAUGCAAGCAUACUCACGAAAAGGCACAUACAAAAAAGAAAAUACUUUGACAAAUAUGGUUUUCCGAGACCACCAUGGCAUCUGCAAAAACGUUCUCAAGAUAUUCUUGCUUCGUGGGUCAAAGAAAUUGUGCUAAAGAAUCCACUAAUAUGGCGGUGUUCUGAUCGAGAGAUUAUUUGGCCAUACCAGGAAAUUGACGCUACUCACAAGGAUAUAAAUGUGAUAGUGGACAACAACUCAAGUUUUUUGAAGGAGCAUAUGCUCCCAAUUGCCGCGAAUGGUCACUUGCCCAAAGAUAAAUUUCUGUUAUUUGAACGUGUGAAAACCCUUUUGUCGAAAGAAGUGGUUAUCGUUAUCGGAAGCGACAAACAUCCCACGUGUGUUGUGCGAGACAUUCCCAUCGAACAAGAUAAAACGAAAGCCUACAAAUAUAAAGAAAAAACUUACACUUUUACGUUAACGGGUACCAGAAAAUUAGCGCCGUGCACUCAAGAGUAUACUUACAAAGUUAUCACCGAUGUCAAAGCGAAAGACAAGAAGAAAAACAAGCAAAAAGAGGAUGAGCAGAUGUGCCGGAAUGUCCGCAUUUAUUACCAUCAAUGGGGGAACCGGUUCCUGCCAUCUGAAUUCGAUGAGAUUUUGCAGCUUGCUAUGCUAUACGUACCAGACAGAACCGUCUGCGUAAGUGAUAGGAGGAAAGAGGUGUUUUCGCUAAUACACACGCUGCACACUUUUUGCCACAUAACCAUGGAUCAAGUUAGUAUUGUUGAUGUGCUCCAGCUUCACACAGAGAAGUGCAACGGUGCUGUGUUAGACCGCAAUGAACUUGUUUUUGCUAUGGCUGUUGUCAUGGAGUGGGCGUAUCAAUCACGUUCAAUUCCGAAGGAGCUAAAGUUGAAGCAUGUGGAAUGGUGCCAUUCUUAUGCUAUAAUGGACAAAUUCAUGAGAAAAAACCCAAACAUAAAAUACAUACACCCAGAUUACCUGGUUAAAUUGGAUGCAAAAGUUAGGCAAAGCAUUUACAACGAGGGUUUCACAUCUUCGCCAAGGUUUUCCGAACGUGAAUCAGGGGCAGUAACAGAUCCUUACCACAGAAAAAAUGUCAAGCAGCACACGAUGUACUCAAAAGUUUUGAAAACAGUUGGAACACAAGACGACGGAGAUAAGGAUGAUGGAAAGUUUUGGCUUGGUAAUGACAAUGCUAAUAAUGAAAAGGUUCCAUUACUUAACGCUGUAAAAGAACGUGGUGGAACGGAACACAGCUGCUUAGCUAGAAUACUUUUUUACAUGUCGUCUUUGGAGAAGCGUGAGGCCGAGGGUCGUCCCUCUCGUGAGCCAUUGCUCUCAAGUGCAUUCGCAGCCGGAUGA